AUGUUUAAGUGUGAAGAUGCAUUGAAAGCUGUGAGGGAGUUUUUCGAUGAUGAGUCUCCACCGAAUCAUUUGUUGUGUGGAUUUUAUAUGAGGAUUGUUCAACAUUUGUUCCAUCGUUCAGUUGAUAAGGCUUUGGAAAUACUCUCAUCGUCUGAUUUUAUUUCUAAAUGUGCGGCCAAUUUGCGAAUGGGUGCUGUGAGCGAGUUGUUGCAGAAUAUUGUGUGGAUACCUCAAGUAGCAGAGGACUUUUUGAAGAUAAAACUGUGGUACGUUGAAAAGGGACUCUGCAACAAGCUUGUAAAGCAACUUGUACCGGAUCAACCCGUUUGUGUUCAUGAAAAUGUCAUGGAAGUAUUUUCAAACCUUGUUCGGAAUACAAGGGAUCAAAUGUAUGCACUUGAUAUUAAAAGCGAUGUCCUGAAUGAUGAAUUACAAUCGGAGAGUCUCGUACGGGAACUUUUAGACAAAAUGCUUGCGCGAAGUCAAAAUGGCAUUCUUUCGACAUCCGUGACACGGAAUGUGUGCGAGAUUCUCAUAUCCCUUUUGAGUUCAAAUCAUAUACUCUUCCGGCCGAGCCACACCUUAUAUAAGGAGUUUAAUGCUGAGAUACCUUGGGUGGGUGGGAACCCUUCAGCAGUCAUGGAUGGUGUAUCGAGUGAAGUCGCCAAGGAAGGAGCUGAAAGAUUGUGGUGCCCCGACUCUGAGCGAACAGUCGAAAAAAUUGCGUCUGCCAGAGUUUCGGAGAUGAUUCAACUAAUUAUUGAAGAUCUUGAGUCCAAUUCGGGUCGCGAAGAUGAAAUUUGGUCGUAUAUUCUCCGGGUUAUAAUAGAACUGUGUGAUACGAAUCAUUUGGAAACUCAUACCACUCUCGUGGAAGAGUUUGGAAAAAGCGAUAUAAAAAAGCUCUUCUCAUUAGUUUGGUGUCACCCGCGUUGUUCAAUAUUUCAUGGAUUCCUGCAACGAAUUGUUUCUUUCAUUCUUUAUUCUUCUAUCCAAAGCGAAUCUCCUGCUAUUGCGUAUUUGUUCAAGACAUUGGACCUUCCGGAAAUUAUACGCUAUGGUGUUGAUCCCAGGUGCGUUUUGAAGAAAGUGGACUUGUUCUCACUCCGAACGCAUCAUAUUCAUUUGGCAUUGGCUGUUGAACAAGCAAUGAAAUCUUCUCCGAAUGCUCGAGGAGUUCAGAAAUUGGUACAGGAAUGCUCUUUCUGGCCAGAAAUCGUGUCAAAAGUGGAGGAGUGGCUGAGCUGGAAUCUACCAGAUCCUGAAGUUGCAAAUGUUCGUCCUUUGAUCCAGCAUGACACCAUAGAAAUCGUGUCAAAAGUGGAGGAGUGGCUGAGCUGGAAUCUACCAGAUCCUGAAGUUGCAAAUGUUCGUCCUUUGAUCCAGCAUGACACCAUAGAUGAGGCAUUAGACGAGUUCGAGCGACAAAUUGUUGGCCCUCAGCAGCAUGCAUUAUACGAAUUCAAAACUCAGACGGUUAGUGUGCCAAUGACCGAUGUUUUUGACACGGCGCUGGGUGAACUGCAAGUGAGCUCAGAGACAAAAGGGUAA